AUGCCAGAGAGGGCGGAGGCGGGGCCCCCGGAAGCGCUCGCGCGCCGCUGUCAGCUGCGCCGGAAGUUCCUGGCCUGGCCUGGUGGUAACCUUGGAGUCUCAGCCGGUGGUCUGCCGCCGCCGCGGGGUGGGCUGUGGGAGUCCGAGCUUCAGCCGGGGCCAGGCCUGUUAGGUGCCAGGAGCCGCCGGGGUUGCGCGGGAGUUCGCUGA